AGCAAAGCUAGCUCAGCUACAUACACCACCUGAGUGAGAGCUGAGCUAGAUCGACCAAGAAUGGCGGAGUACUACUCGAGCACCGUGGACGAGUGCUACGAGAGCAGCAGGCGCGGCCACGGCGGCGCCAUGAGGGUGCAGUCCCACACCGAGGACUACUACCGCGACGGCGAGGACCGUGGCCGGAGGGCUAGCUCCAUGCACUCGCAGCACCGCGGCGGCGGCUAUGGCGGCUAUGGCGACCAGGAGUACUACAAGAGGGAGGAGCGCGAGCACAAGCAGCGCGAGCGCGUCGGCGAGAUCGGCGCCCUCGCCAGCGGCGCCUUCGCCCUCUACGAGGGGAACCGGGCGAAGAAGGACCCGGCGAACGCGCAGAGGCACAGGAUCGAGCAGGGCGUGGCGGCGGCGGCGGCGCUGGGCGCCGGCGGCUACGCCUACUACGAGCACCGCGAGCAGAAGCAGGCCGCCAACGAGCAGCAGUACGGCAGGAUGCCGCAGCCGCAGCACGGCUACUACUACAACUAAACUCAUCUCUAUCCAUCCAUCGCUCAACCUGGCUGCAGCUUGCCUCCAUCAUAUAUAUAUAUAUAUAUAUAUAUGCAUAUAUAAAUAAACUUACUGGCUACUAGUGCGUACAGUAAGAUCGAUGAUUAAGAUCCUCUGUGUACCGUGUCAGUGACAAAAGACACGUGACUUUAAAGGUAGAGGAAUCCGGGCCCGAUGGAUGAGCAGGAAUGUAUAUGCGUAACUUUGCUCACCCACAUGAUUUGGCCUAAUUCCUACGAGCUGAUCGUAUAUGAUCGAUCAGCGUAUGUGUGUACGUAUAUGUACUGUAGACGUACGUACGUGUGGGCUGCAUGCCGUAUGUACCAUCGGGUCUCUACUGUAAUAAAGCCUACUGAUUUCUAUGGA